GAGGGGGCAGCGGGGACUCCGGAAGGCCACUCUUUACCCGGAAGUGGUUGCAGAGGAACAUGGCGUUGCUGGUGCGAGUCCUUAGAAACCGGAUUUCCCAGUGGGUUCCAGUAUGCAGCCUAUUGGUACCUGUGUCCUCUACACAGGCACAGUGGGGCAGGGCUCUGUCUGGUACUUUCCAGUGGCCUCAGAUAAGCCAGUCCCUAGCGUGUGGUGGAUCAGAACAGAUUCCUGGGAUAGAUGUACAGUGGAAUAGGAAGUAUCAUACCACAAAUAAGCUUUUUACUACCAAGGAUUCCCCACAGCCUGUUGAGGAGAAAGUUGGUACCUUCACAAAAAUAAUAGAAGCCAUGGGAUUUACAGGACCUUUGAAAUACAGUAAAUGGAAAAUUAAGAUUGCGGCCCUGCGCAUGUAUACUAGCUGUGUGGAGAAAACUGACUUCGAGGAAUUCUUUCUAAGGUGUCAGAUGCCUGAUACAUUCAAUUCAUGGUUUCUUAUAACUCUGCUUCACGUCUGGAUGUGUCUAGUCCGAAUGAAACAGGAAGGCCGGAGUGGGAAAUACAUGUGUCGUAUCAUAGUUCAUUUCAUGUGGGAGGAUGUUGAGCAGCGUGGCAGAGUCAUGGGGGUUAAUUCUUAUAUCCUGAAGAAGAAUAUGAUCCUUAUGACAAACAAUUUCUAUGCAGCCAUCUUGGGAUAUGAUGAGGGAAUCCUUUCAGAUGACCAUGGGCUAGCUGCUGCGCUCUGGAGAACCUUCUUCAACCAGAAAUGUGAAGAUCCUCGACAGCUUGAGUUAUUGGUGGAGUAUGUGAGGAAACAGAUGCAGUACCUGGACUCCAUGAAUGGGGAGGAUCUGCUUCUGACAGGGGAGGUGAGCUGGCGCCCUCUAGUGGAGAAGAAUCCUCAGAGUGUCCUGAAGCCCCAUUCCCCAACUUAUAACGACGAGGGUCUUUGAUGGACUGGUCCCUCUGAACAGCUGGCCAGCUGGCUUUGAAGAACUGCCAGGAGAGAGGUGCUUGUUUGGCCCAGAACCCUGCAGAAAGUGGCCUGAACUGACCUUUGAACAGCAUCUGUCAAAUACCUGGCCCCAUUUGUGUUGAUUUUCCUUUUAAUAUGCCCAAGAGCCUGAUCUGGUGGGGUACAGUGCUGGGAGAACCCUUAGUUCUUCUGAGAUAUCCUCUCCCUCAAGAGAAGCCCUGAGCAAGAGCUCCCCAGCACACACUCCCCUAAUCCCCUCCAGUAACUAUGUGAUUGACAGCUUUUCCCAAAGGCUGCAGAGGGAUGGUGGUAAGUUAGAAACGGUACACUUCCACCAAGGGCCCACCAUGGCAAAGGAGCAGUUUGGAAUGCUGCUGAGUCAAGACGGGUAACCACACUCUGUCCUCUGGUUUUGAGCCAUGGGGUUGAGUUGGCCAUUAAAAGACACAGAGACAUAUCUCUGCAAUGACUCUUUAUUCUAGGGUUUUUUAGAAACUUAUCUGAGAUGGCAUUUGCCAUAAGCUGAGGAGCAUCACCCAGCUCAGAGACAGGAUGGGGAGAGGGUCAAGAGGAUCUCUGCUGCUGUUCUUGCCUCCAGUUCAUGGAGAUGUCACUGUUGUGGCCAAGGCAUAGCCUGCCAGGCUCCGUCCUCUGGGAUCCAGGAGGCUUCUGAUGGCCAAGGGGCUUGUCACAUCCUGAGUUGUUUGGAAAGAAGACCCAAGAACAUAGGCCUCUUUGUCACUUCCCUAUUGAAUGGGGUGAGGGACAUGCUGUCUUUUCCUCUCUUGACUCCUUUAUGUGAGAUACUGGGGCAAAGAGAAUAUUUUUUUCUGGCUUAGUUGUACCAUCCCAGGGCCCAACCCCAUGCCCAGCUUUCUAGCUCCUUCCUAACUUCUAGAGCGUGUGCUACAGAGCCACCUCGGUCUGUGCUCUUGAGGGUCAGUUGCCUCCUCCCUGAGUAUGGGUCAUCUCUUGGGGGAUUUUCUUUGCAUUGAAGGAAGGGGGCGGGGAACCAUAUUGCCCCUCCUUCCCCCAUCAAACUUCCUUCAUUUAACUUGCUAUAAAAUGAGUCAUAUAAAGAAAUUCUAUAUGGGUGAGGUAUAUCCCACUUCUGUGAAAACAUUACAAAUCAGACCGCCUUCUCUGAGUUUAUUUAAGAUGCUUUUGUUGCAAGCGGAGUUCUAGAGUGAAGCCUCCUCUGUGUGUGUGAGAUAAUAACACCUUGUAACUCAUUACAGCUGGGCACUAUUUACAUAAACCAGAGCUGAGCCAGGCAGGAAUUUGCUGAUUAAUUUAUUUUUAAUGGAGUGAAGUAUACCAUGCACCAAAAUAAACUUUACUGUGUGUACCUAA